AAGACAGAUCUAGGCCAUGCCGAUUUUGUUUACGGUUUUUCACGCUCGAGCACCAUACUGAAAAGCCGGGCGGUUUCGCGUUUUACAGACGCUGCCUCUUUUUUCGCACUCUUUUCGAGAUUAUUUUAAUUAUUUUACACUCUUUUGCUGUAUACACCAGCGCGUUUUAUUUUGCUCAAUUCACAGCUCCUUCAGCCCGCAAUGAUUCAAACAAAGGACGCAUUCCCGCCGCCAGGCAAUCGAUCGCUUUUGAAGCAGGGCAAUGACCACGGAUUUAUAUUUCGUCCGCGGAGCCGCCCCUACUGCGACUCCCAGGGUCGUGAGAGCAGCUGGCCAAACACCACGCUCGAGGGUCCCCGUAGGCAAACUAGCGCUGUCUAUGAAGCGGCCAGUUGAUGUGAACAGCGCCGGCCGCCUGCAUUUCCCAGAGGCCAAGCGGCGGUUGACCUCUGCGAUUGCCUCUGCAUCUAGAGUGGGCGCGAGUAGCCAAACGUCUGAAGGGACAAAGGACUUGUUUGUUGACGAAAUUGUCAGCGUGCCUGUCCGCAAGCCAACGCAGCCCACACCACUGAUUCCUCGCACACGCAACCGCUUGUUCGAGCCCUCCACACCAGCAACUGAUGCAACACCGGCACAAAAUGGAAGCGUGAGCAGACGGCGUCGCAGUUCCUAUACUCGCCAUCGUGCGUCGGGGAUGGGGGACGACGGCGACGACAGCCGGUCCAGACGCAAGUCAGCCCGCAAAUCAACACUGGGCCGUCGCCGUUCCACAUUUUCGAUGCGCGGAAAGCGCGCUUCUUCGAUUGGUGGUGGAUUCAAGGCGCUUCCGCACGACUCGGUUGACUCAGCUGACCUGUACCGGCAUAUCUCGCCUGAGCUUCCCGAGCCCAUUCGUCUGCGGCAGCUUCUUGCCUGGUGCUCAAUGCGCCUGGCACCAAAGACCCCGUGGCUAGAGGAUCUGCCGGAGCCUGCACAAAAUUUGCUGAGCAACGCAUUAAAGGAGGCAGUCGACGAAGUGCAUUCCGCGUUUCAGAAGGGUGAGAUCGUGACGUCGUGGUACCACAGACCAGUCAAUACAGAUGAUAUGGCUGAUCAAGGCGAUGUAGAGCUGCAGCCACAUCCAGAGAAUAUCUCCAAUCAGAGAGCGAAAGAAGAGCUGCUGGCGCGGAUUGCAAAGCUCAAGGCGGAGGAUGACUCGUGGGUCGAGGAGCGGAAUCGUGCCUGUGCAGAACACGCGGAAGCAAUCGAUCGGCUACCCUCGUCAGUCCGCUCGCUUUCGCCAUCAACAGCCAGAUCUGCUAGCACAAAACAGCAGCCCGUCAUUGAGCCUAUCAAUCGAGUCAGCACGACCACAGACUGGGCAGCAGUGGACCAGGUACCAGAAGCAGCAAAAUACGUUGAGGAGUCCUCUACCGAUGUUAUAAAGAGCGAAAUUGUGGCAGCUGAGGAGCAGAUGGACCGGGCGACAAAAGAAAUUGAAUUGCAGCUAGACGCGUUCCAUAUCGACAUGCAUCCGGUACAAGGAGCUGCAUAAGGAGGCGGCCGAGCAAUGUGCCAGGCUGUCAGCUAACUUGAGCUUCUCGAUGGCGCAGCGGCGAACCAAAGCACAGGUCGUGGCAUCUAAACCCCGCCCAGUAUCGGCGAAUCCCGACGAUGAGGAGGCUGAUCCAACACGCGACCUGCUCCGAGCGCU